UCUGCAGUUGUUGGGUUUACUUUGCCGGAAAGUGUCAGUUUUCUAUGCAAGGUGGGUCUUUUUCGCAAAAAAGGCGUGUUUUUUUGCCCUCAAAGGAGCACCCAAGAUAGUGCAAUUGUCCCCAAAUGACGGUGAACUUGUCGAAAAAUCGUGAGGCAAUUGUAGCAGCCUGGCAGGAUGUUCUGGAUGACAAAACUGAGACUGAUUGGGCGUUGUUUGGCUACGAGGGACAGACUAAUGAUCUGAAAGUUGUGGCAUGUGGAAGCGGGGGCUUAGAUGAGCUCAAUGAGGAGCUGAACAGUGGCAAAAUUAUGUAUGCAUUUGUAAGGGUGGCUGAUCCCAAAACUUCCCUCUCCAAGAACAUUCUCAUCAACUGGCAAGGUGAGGGUGCUCCGGUGCUUCGGAAGGGAACAUGUGCCAAUCACACGAGAGAUGUGGCUAAUCUUCUGAAGGGAGCCCAUCUCACCAUCAAUGCUCGACUGGAGGAUGAUGUUGAUCAGGAGAGAAUUCUGCAAAAACUGAGCCUGGUGGGAUCGGCGUACAGUUUUAAGGAACCCCGUCAGGUUGAUGAUAGUCAGCGGGGUCCCGUAGGUACCACCUAUACACGUGUCAUCCCCGCCAAGGAGAUCAACGCCGCUGAAAGGGACAAUUUCUGGCGUCGCGAGGAGGAAGAGGAGAAGCGUCGUGUGGAAGUUGAGCGAGAGAGGAAGCGCCUGGAACUGCUGAAAGUGGAGGAAGAACGUCGACAGCGCGAGGAGCGAGAACACACCGAGAGGGAGAAGAGGACUGCCAUUCCGGAGAAGAAGUCUCCAGCUACGUCUCCGGCCGCUGAAGCUGCAACGCUUAUCGCAGCAAAAUCAAGUCAUGCGACUGAUCUUCCCACACGCACCCAAACCAGUGCUGAAAUGAUGAGGCAACAGAGGAAUCAGGAGGCAAAAGAAUUGAUUGGAUCAAGAGUGGGACAGGCAAAGGCAAUCUUUUCCCAGAAUACAACAAAUGUUCCUGUCACAAAAGCAUCAGCUCCAGUGAAGCCUGCUCGAAAUUCUCUAGCACAGCGUAUUAAUUCGUUGAAUCAGCAGCAGCAGCAAGAGGAGCCACCGGCCAAGGUGGAGGCUGCAGAAGUGCCAACAAAUGGUCAGAGUGUCGCGGUACAGAAUCCACGGGGAUUCGAGGUUGAGGAGGAGAGUGAGGAGCAAUUUAGCACAAUAAAGAGAUCACCGCACACGAAGAGUGUAGAACAGACACCGGUGGAGGAAGAGGCCAAGCCUCUGCCCACUGCUGAAGUGCCCCAAGAAGCGUCCAAGGAGGAUGAAACUGUGGCACAGGAAGUUAUGGCGGAUAUGGGAUUGCGAGCUAUUGCCCUUUAUGACUAUCAGGCUGCCGAUGAGACAGAAAUUAAUUUCGAUCCAGGGGACAUCAUUACGCACAUUGAUCGCAUUGAUGAAGGUUGGUGGCAGGGAUUGGGUCCCGAUGGCAGCUACGGUCUGUUCCCAGCUAAUUAUGUAGAGCUCCUGAAGGAGCCCUAACCUCGAUUUAUUCCACGGUCAUACGGUAGAUUUUUUUUUUAAAAAUUUUAGAAAUCGACCCCUUUCCUAUAAUCAAAAGGUAUAUUUCGUCCAAUUUUAUACACAUUAACACAGUAUUUCUUUUACAAUACUUUUUUUUACCACUUUACUUGCCAAGUGGCAAAUCAUUAAUUGCAAUUUGUUACUUUUUCACUUAAAAAAAUUAUCGAGCAAAUGACUAUUUUAUAUGUUAUUGGCAAUUUAUAAAAGUAAUUCUCGUCUAUAUUUAGCAAAAUAAAUGUGAAAAAAUUAUAUAAA